ACACCACACCCAGUUGUUUCUGUAUGUGUCCGUGUGUAUAAAAAGCCAGGUAUGACAGUAUGCAGUCACCAAGCUACGCUGAAGGAGCAUCCAGAUCAUCUCCACACACUGAAGCAUCAUGGAGUCCAGAGCGUCUCUCUCCGUUCUCGCCCUGCUGCUUGGCUUCUCGCAAGCUCUCCAUCUCGACCAACCUCAGCAUGUGGACAUCACGACACAGAUUCUCACCACCAACAACGGAUCCAGUGAACUGCUGUUGGAGGGAGACAUACUCUUGCCAAGAAGCAGGAACGCUCUGGUCUGCGCCACCAAAAACUGCUUUUGGAAGAAGUCCUCAAAUGGCUUAGUGGAGGUGCCUUUCACACUGAGCCGUGUUUUCUCUUCCUCUGACAAGACUGUAAUUGCCAACGCCAUGGCCACCUUCCGCAGCAAAACCUGCAUUAGUUUUGUUCCCAGGACAAAUCAAACUGACUACCUGAGCAUCGAGAGCAAAGACGGAUGCUACUCUAAUCUGGGCAGAACAGGUGGUGCUCAGGUGGUCUCUCUCAACAGGUUGGGUUGUGUUUACUACGGCAUCGUCGAGCACGAGCUGAACCACGCGCUCGGUUUCUACCACGAGCAUACUAGGAGUGACCGUGAUCAGUACGUCACCAUCAACUGGGAAAACAUCGACCCAGAAAUGCAGUAUAAUUUCAACCUACAUAACACCAACAACCUCAACACGCUGUACGACUACUCCUCUGUGAUGCACUAUGGGAAAACAGCUUUCUCCAUCAACGAUCUGGACACCAUCACUCCUAUCCCUGAUCCUUCAGUGGAGAUUGGACAGAGAGAUGAAUUGUCUGCCAUCGACAUCCUGAGGAUCAACACUCUCUACAAGUGCUGAACUUGGUCUUUUGGCUUGAUUUAACUUUGAUUUAAUAUUGUAGAACUGUUAAUGA